CGCCGCUGGCGGGAGGCGGCUCGGCCGGCCGCCCCGCAGCCCGCCCGGGAACAGCGAGCCGCCCUCCUCGUUUCCCAGCGGCUGAUCCCGCUGCCCCGGUAUUAAACAUACAUGGCUCCUGGUUCCUCAAAUGAGAAGAAUACUGAUGAUGGACAGGCUUCAAAAGAGAACUUUAUUCAUCUCUGCAACCCUCACCUGGAGAAAAUGAAAGAAGACAUCCUGUACCAUUUUGCUCUUGGGACUGGUACCCAUGAUUUUCCAUCAUUGUUUGGGGAUGUAAAGUUUGUGUGUGUUGGGGGAAGUCCUUCCCGGAUGAAAGCUUUUAUUGCCUACAUAGCAGAGGAGCUGGGGCUGGGGAGCCCUGGGUGUGACUACCCCAACAUCUGCGCGGGCACCGACCGCUACGCCAUGUACAAAGUGGGGCCCGUGUUGUCCGUCAGUCAUGGUAUGGGCAUUCCUUCUAUUUCAAUCAUGUUGCAUGAGCUGAUCAAACUGCUGUAUCAUGCCAAGUGUUCUGACAUAACCAUCAUUCGUAUUGGCACCUCUGGUGGAAUAGGUCUGGAGCCAGGCUCAGUGGUUAUAACUAGGCAGUCUGUAGAUGCCACCUUCAAGCCUCAGCUGGAACAGGUUGUUCUGGGAAAGACUGUAAUUCGCAGCACUAACCUGGAUGAACAGCUGGCUAAGGAGCUGAUGCAGUGCAGUAAAGAAAUUGGUCAGUUCAAUACAGUCAUUGGAAACACCAUGUGCACUUUGGAUUUCUAUGAAGGACAGGGGAGGUUGGAUGGUGCAAUCUGCUUAUAUGAUGAAGACGAAAAACUGCAAUAUUUGAAGAAUGCUUAUGAGUCUGGUGUCAGAAACAUCGAGAUGGAGUCUUCUGUAUUUGCUGCAAUGUGUAAUCUCAGUGGUGUCAAAGCUGCUGUAGUGUGUGUCACUCUUCUGAAUCGACUCGAAGGGGAUCAAAUCAGCAGCCCGCAUGAUGUCCUUGUGGAGUACCAGCAGAGGCCGCAGAAGUUAGUGGGAUAUUUCAUUAAGAAAAGUCUUGGGAAAGUCUGAAAUAUCCAUCUGGUGUUUUAGGGAAGGAGAAGGCCCUUGUACAGAUCUGGUCACAGUUAUGACUUCUGUGCAUUACAGGUCUUUUGCCUCACAAUAACUUACAGCAUUCCGUGUGCCAGUGGCAGUUAAUCAUUUAUGUCAUUGUUCUUUGGGAACUGAAUGUGCUGAAGGACUUAAGUUUAGCUUAGUUAUGCAUUGCUGGACAGAAAACUCACUUUUCAAUGAUUUGGAAAGUGGAUCUGUUGUGAAGGACAAGCCUGUGAUAAUACAUGAAAAAGCUUUAUUUAUGUCUGCUGUCAAAGAAAAACUAGAGAGAAAAUCAAACUUUAUGUCCAAGUAUGUGCAUACCAGAAAACUAACUUAAAAAUUAAAAUAAUUUUCUUGUUGCUAUAAAAUAUUAUAUAAGUUAUAAUUGUCUUUGUUGCUUCACUUGUAAAGAAGACUUGAAGUGAAUGCAGUUUAUUUUUUUUGCAGACUUUGAUAAAUAAACAAUACUAUUUUCAUAUAUUAAAAUUUCAUGAAAUUGCAAAGUGUGGGACUGAAUUUUCUAAGCUUUAAGGAAUUGACACUGAGCUGUUGAAUAGCUGUACUGCCUAGAUACUGAUCCGGCAAUAUUUUAACUAAAGAAUUGAAUCAAUACCCAGGAAAUAUUUCUGCAUUAAGUAAUUUUGCAUUGAAGUACUAGCAGUCUUUUGCUGAAGCAAGAUUCCUGCUUAUGAAGAGAAACCAAAGGCAGUCGGGAGACUGCAUAACACAGGCCUGUGUUAUGCUAUCCCUUUUUUUCCCUUGCUUUUACUUUCUUUUUUUUUAAAUUGGUAUUCAUCUCCAUCCUCAGGAUGUAACACUCACUGUUGCAAUGGUUCCCAGUUUUUUCCACUAACAUUGGCCUAAGUGNUUUUUUUUUUUUUUUUUUUUUUUUUUUUUUUUUUUUUUUUUUUUUUUUUUUUUAUCAUAUACUCCUUGCUGCUUUGCUGCUGUGGUUUGAAUGUAAAUAUGGGUCACUUAAAGAAAAUGUGUUUAUCUCUUUUUUUAUUUUGUAUUUUCCUUCUUUCUACUGCAGUGGGGGAGCGUCCAGUCCUAGCAGGGGUCACGGGUCAGCAAGUCUGAAUAAGCUCUCAGAACAGCUGUGGUUGACCCAGCAAAAUGAGAUUUUCUUUGUGUGGAUUGCAGUCUGCAAUGCUGUUAACAAGCACAAGAGUUAGAACUAUAAGAGAGGGUUGUGAGUACUAGGCACAGUCACCAAGUGACAGAGAUUGGAAACAAUGUGAUGAAAACAUUAAAAAAAGAAGGGUAAUUAAUGAACAGAAAAUUGCCAGCAAUGACCAGUCUCGUUAAUUUGAUCGGUUUUUCAGCUGGAAAACAUAUUAGUAACUUUUAGAAAGUUACAAUCUAGUCUUCUUUUAAUUUUAAAGCCACAUUUUCUUAUUUAUGAUCAGGAUAUACAGUGAAGGUAAAUUUUCAGAGAAAAUAUUUUUUUCCGUAAGCCUAAGGCAAAAAGAGAAGUGGGAAUGGCUCCACAUUUUUUUUUGAACUGUUUCUUCUUUAUUAAAAAAAAAAAAAAAAAAAAAAAAAUCUGUGUUUAACUAUGACUGAUACUUGCCUAGGCAUUGCAUGAAGUCUUUGAGGCCCUUUGGGAAACAUGCAACAAAGCGCAUCUUUUCUCUUCAAGGUCCUGUUCUUGAAACAAGGAAAUAAAAACUGAGAUCACUUCAGUGUGUGCUGCUCUCUGUGGGGAAGGGUCUUACACCAAAUUGACUGGUAUGGCUUUGGAGGAGACAGUUUGCUGUUCUAUAAGAAAUACUUAAUAAGAAGUACCUAAAGAGAAGAAAAAAAUGCUUUACCUAGAAAACAGACAUGUAAUGGGACUCUGUGAAGCUCUGGGGAAGCAUAUUACUACAGUUGUCCUGGAGGUAUGAAUCUAAAAUGAUGUGAUUUGUCUUUUUAAAGGAAGGACAGAAUGAAUCUGGAAACUUGUUAAAAAGAAUUUCUUGAAUUAUAUUAACAGUGUGUGCUGGUACUUCUAUUCUGAGAACUAAUAUAAAAACUCUUAUGUACUAGAUGCUAAAAUAUAAAUGGUAUUGUGGCCUGGCCGAGCUGGAGAUAAGGGUCAUGCAUUCAUGGGAUACGGCAACUAUUGCAUUAAAUCAAUAGCCAAGACCCUGGCAGAAGCCUCUGAAAGAUGAGCCAUUAACCUUUUGCUUGUGUGUCCUUUGUCCUUCCCACUGUUCCUUAGGACACUGUACAUUUCUUUCUGCUAAAAGAUUUACUUCUGUGCUUCCUACCAGAUGGAGUGAAGGGACAUAUGAAAGCUUAAAAUUAGAAGUCAAAGGAUACCAAGUAUCCUCCUGUUUCUGCUGUUCCUCCUCCUCUGAUGCUGUAUUCCUAAUGCAAGAGGUCACUCUACAGACACAUCUGAUAUGCAAUAAAAUACCUUUCCUGACUUCAGAGGAAACUUGCCAGAAUGUUACCCUGAUAAGAACAAUUGUAUUUUCCCUUAUGACUGCAACUGGACAGGGAGAUAAAGAAGUGAGUCAAUUGUGUGCAUCCGGCUGAGAAGUUACCUUCCUGUAAGUUUUACAGAAAGUUUUACAAUAUUUACAGGUUUUAUAUGCAAGUCAAUUGUUCAAUAUACACAUUAUCAUUCUUUCUGUAGAACAUGAAUCAAGAUUUGGAGUGGUGAUAUUUUAGAAAACAUAUGUGGUGUUGCAUAUACAAUAUUACAUAAUACAAUGUCUCAUAGUAGAUUACAAAUCCUGCAAACUCCAGAAACCCAUCAUCAAGGGCCUGCUGUGGUUCUCUGUGCCAUCCUAUACCUAACAAAAUACUGUACAAUCCAUUUAAUACAAGGGUCAGAAGGGAUAAAAGCAAAGAAGGAAGACAGAAGCUAUGAAUAGAGUGGAAGCAGGAAGGGAGAAAAAAGUUGCUCCUACCAGUGGUUUGUUCUGUGAUUUAUGGUGUUCUGGCCUAUUCCUACCAUUUUGUUAAAGAAAUGGUUGAGAUCAUAAUGAAGACAGGCUAUAAUGCAAUGGUUUUACAUUUGCAAGAGACUGAAAAAGAGCAGUAACACAGAUAGUGAUUUGCAGAGGAUUUUUAGUUUUGGCAUCUUGAUAUAUUUCAGAGAAGGAUUUUCUUUAAAGGAAGGUGUGAGAAAUCCUGAAAAGGAACAUUAUGGAAUGACCUAUGUCCAGAAGUGGUUAGACAACAUAUUUUUUAUCUGUCCUUUAAAAACCAAGUGAAAUAAUUUGAUAAUUUCAGUAUUUCUUGAAAUAUAUGCAUGUAAUAAGCAGCAUAUUUUUUGUAACAUUCUUCUUUGUAAAGGAUUUUCAGUGCAUUGUGUAACAGAACUGGAUUUUUUUCAAUUUGGGAUCUCAAUAUAUACUCCUAAAUAAAAUGUUUAUAUGGUUGAA